AUGCCCUCCGCCGCCGAGCCGCUCGUGACGGGAUCCGUCGACCAGACAAAUGCAGAGCUCGGUCAACUCCUACUCCGCCUACAAAGCGAAAUAUUAUUCGUAGACCCGGCCCGCGAAAAGAGGUUACGGUCGAGCCAGCUAGAGCGAGCAAGGAUAGACAGGAACCUCCAGUAUGCGCGGUCGAUGCUCACGAAGCUUGAGCACGAGUCAAUGGGACUGAAGGCCCAGUUGACAAAGCACGACCUACACGUGGAUCUCAAUCGGAAGAGGGAAAUGUUUGAAAUCUUGGCGGAUAGACUAGAGGACUUGAACCAGCUGGAACUCUCGGAUGACGACGAUGAUUCGGAUUUUGACGGAGAGGAUAUCCUAGCCGGAAUAAUAGCUACCCCGAGCGACAGCCUAGACUCGCAGUCUGCCGAUCCACACGCGGCGUCCCAAACGGACGACGAGGGCAUACCGCCGCCGCCCUCAGUCCUUGCGCAACAAGAAAGGCCGCCGAGACCAGAAUCCGAACCGGAUCCCGGAAGCACACAGUCUCGCGGCUCGUCCGAUGCUCAGUUCACCCCAACGUCCUCGCCCACCAACACCACCGCCUCCGUCUCUCUCGACGCCAACCUCGCCGCGAGCCAGUCCUCUCUCCGCGCACGCCGCUCCGCCCCGCAGUCCGAAUCCUAUAGCACCGCCCGCAAUACUCUCCUCUCCCGCCGCAGAGGCGCUUCCUCCGUCGGCACCGCUCCGGCCACCACACGGACGUCGACGGCCACAGCCGAGGCUAUCCUCGACAACCAACGCGCCGAGCAAGAGGCGCUCGUGGACAACAUUCUGCAGUACGCCACUGCUCUACGUGACAACUCGCAGCGUUUCAACGAUACCCUCGAGAAGGACAAGGCCGUCUUGGAACGCGCUGGGGAGGGUAUGGACCGAACCGAGACGGGCAUCGAGACCGCGAGAAGGCGGAUGAACGUCCUGACCAAGAUGACGGAGGGCAAGGGCUGGUGGGGUAGGAUGCUGCUCUUUGCUUGGGUCUACGGCUUGAUGGUGGCUUUGCUCUUGGUGGUCUUUGUGCUGCCCAAGUUCAGGUUUUAA